AUGACCGACAGCGACGGCCAACAAUCGCCCGGCAACCAAGACGCCGGCGAUGACGACGCCUACUACGACCUGGGCACCCUGCACCGGCCGGUGACCACUGCCGAUCCCGCCGCACAGACCUGGUUCGACCGGGGCCUCGUGUGGUCCUACGGCUUCAACCACGAGGAGGCGGCCAAGUGCUUCGAGCGCGUCGUCGCCCUCGACCCGGCGUGCGCCAUCGGCUACUGGGGGCUGGCCUAUGCGCUGGGCCCCAACUACAACAAGCCCUGGGAGCUGUUUGGCCGCCGCGAGCGCCAGACGACCGCCGAGCGGACGCACAACGCCGUCGAGCAGGCACUGGCCCUCGCUGGCGACGCGUCUCCGGUCGAGAGCGCCCUCAUCGACGCUUUACGACACCGAUACCCGACAGAUCAGGCGCCGGGGAAGCCCGAGGCGUGCAUCUGGAAUGCCGCCUACGCCGACGCCAUGAGCGCCGUCGCCGCGCGCUUCCCCGACGACCUCGAUGUGGCGGCCCUCUACGCCGACGCCCUCAUGAACCUCACGCCGUGGAACCUGUGGGACAUACGGACGGGCGAGCCGGCGCGGGGUGCGCGGACGGUCGAAGUCAAGCGCGUGCUGGAUCGCGCGCUGGCCCAGGACGGCGGCGACCAGCACCCCGGCGUGCUUCACAUGUACAUCCACCUCAUGGAGAUGUCGCAGACGCCCGAGGCCGCCAUGCCUGCCGCCGACAAGCUGCGCGGGCUGGUGCCGGACGCGGGCCAUCUCAACCACAUGCCAAGUCACCUCGAUAUCCUCGUCGGCGACUACGCGCGCGCCGUCGACGCCAACUCGGACGCCGUGCGCGCGGACGUCAAGUUCCUCGAGCGCGAGGGCCCCCUCAACUUUUACACGCUGUACCGCAGCCACGACUACCACUUUCGCCUCUACGCCGCUCUGUUCUCUGGCCAGUCGCGCAUCGCCCUCGAGACGGUGGACAUGCUCGAGGCGAGCAUCUCGGAAGAGCUGCUGCGGGUCGAGUCGCCGCCCAUGGCCGACUGGCUCGAGGCCUUCCUCGCGAUGCGGGUCCAUGCGCUCAUUCGGUUCGGCCGCUGGCGGGACGUGCUGGCCAUCCGCCUGCCCGAGGACCGUGACCUCUACUGCGUGACGACGGCGCUGGUGUACUACGCGCGCGGCAUGGCCCUCGCCGCCAUGGGCCGCGUCGACGACGCCGUGACCCAACGUCAACUAUUCCGUGAAGCUGUCCCGCGAGUCAAGCCGUCACGGACACUGUUCAACAACAAAUGUGUCGAUAUUCUGUGCGUGGCCGAGGCGAUGCUUGACGGCGAGGUCGAGUACCGGCGGUGUAACUUUGACGCCGCCUUUGCGCACUUGCGCGAGUCUAUCCGCCGCUACGAUCAGCUGCCCUUCGACGAGCCUUGGGGGUGGAUGCAGCCCGCCCGCCACGCCUACGGGGCGCUCCUCCUCGAGCAGGGCCACGUAGAGGAGGCGCUGGGCGUCUACAGAGCCGACCUCGGGCUGGACGAGUCGCUGCCCCGGGUGCACCGGCACCCGAACAACGUGUGGGCGCUGCACGGCUAUCACGAGUGCCUACUGCGGCUGGGCGAGACGGACGAGGCGAGGAGGGUGCACCCGCAGCUGCAGGCCGCGCUGGCACGAGCAGACGUGCCCAUCAGCUCUUCGUGUUACUGCAGGACGGUGCUGCCCAAGAUGUAG